AUGAACGUGGAUGUUUUCCAGUCAAUGCGGAGACGGUAAGUCAUCUCACAGCCCAGAGAGAGAGAGCGGACGUCGGUAGGUCAUCUCACACCCUAGAUACAUGUCUUUCCUUCACCUAAAUGUCUUCGUGAUCUAUCUAUUGUUUUAUAUUACAGUCUGAAAACUUAUUCACAGUGUUGUGAUGAGAGGAAACCUCAAAUAAUGACUGGACAUUAA